AUGUCUUGCCUGCGCCGCAACUCCGGCGCGGCGCAACCCACUGGGGCUGGGCACUUCGCCGCCGCAAGUCAAGAUGCCGAGGUAAACCUCGAUGUUGGAAGUGUCCACUCUUCCCUCUCAACCUUUGCCUCCCAACAACUCGCGGUCUGGAACAAUGCUUCGCCCACCAUCGCUCCUUCCCUUUUCUUCCUCCUCCCUCGACCUCCUCGCCCUCCGCUCCAACCCCUCCUCCUCGCGCCUCCUGACCUGUCGCCCGACGACCUCUCCAUCCCGACACUUCACCGGACGGCGACCAGCUCUCCACCCUCCUAUGCACCUCCGCAGAUCAUCACCGCGAUUCUGACGUGCUCCCAAUGGCCAGGGCCGACAGCUUCCGUUCACCCGCCUUCACCAGCUCCGCCAGCACGCUCGCGUCUCCGCCGCUUCGUAGGCUUCUCAACAGUCGCCAUCCUCGCCUUCAGCGCCGGCCUCAUCUACGAAAUCCGUACCGACCUCAACAGAAUGACAGCAGGCGCAAUGGCCACCGACGCCGAGACCCUGGCCUACAGACCCGACGAUGCGAUCGCACAGGAGAUCGACGAGCGACUCCGCACACACCCGGAAGCCAUCAAGCUCCGCGAAAACCCCGACUUCAAGGAAGUCCGGCCACACCUGAAGCUGCCCGAGCAGCUGCGCGCUCGCAUGUUGACGGCCGGCACGCUGUCGGGCCCGAAUAAGAUCGUAGUCCCGCCGUAUGUCUUCAGCGAAGAGGGCGGCAAGAGCAUGAUCUCGUUUAUGUACCUAGGCUCUGAUGUCUGCGGGCACCCCGGGAUUAUUCACGGUGGAUUGCUUGCGACGUUGCUGGAUGAAGGCUUUGCGCGGUGCUGUUUCCCUGCGAUGCCGAAUAAGGUCGGCGUGACGGCCAACCUCAAUAUUGACUAUCGGGCUCCGGCGAUGGCGGACUCGUACUUUGUGCUGCGCGCUGAGACGGUCAAGCAGGAGGGUCGCAAAGCGUGGGUAGAGGGCCGCAUCGAGACGCUGCCGCAGGAUGGUAGCGAUCCGGUGGUGCUGGUGGAGGCGAAGGCGCUGUUUAUUGAGCCUCGACAGGCAGCGUCACUGGCGCAUCUCUACCGUGGCGCCACCGAGUGA